GCUGAGACGGCGAAAGCGGCAGCGGCGGCGACAACUCUGGGGUUUGUGUCUCGGGGUGUGUCGGCCGCCGCUGCUGCUUGGGCUUGGUAUGUACAAAUGGCUGGUUAGGAUUCUCGGCACCAUUUUUCGUUUCUGUGAUCGGCCGGCGCCCCCUACCCGGGCCCUCCUGAAGAGGCGGCGCUCGAACAGCACUUCAUUAUCCACAGUGGACACUGAUGAAAUACCAGCCAAAAGACCAAGAUUAGAUUGCUUUAUUCACCAAGUGAAAAACAGUCUCUAUAAUGCUGCCAGCUUACUCGGAAUCCCGCUCCAGCUGACCACAAAGCCCAUGGUAACUUCUGCUUGUAACGGAACACGGAAUGCAGCCCAUUCAGGAGAGGUAUUUUCGAACUCUUCAUCUUGUGAACUGACAGGUUCUGGACCCUGGAACAACAUGCUCAAACUGGGUAAUAAAUCUCCUAAUGGAAUAAGUGACUAUCCAAAGAUCAGAGUGACAGUAACUCGCGAUCAGCCUCGAAGAGUCCUGCCUUCCUUUGGGUUUACUUUGAACUCAGAAGGCUAUAAUAGAAGACCAGGUGGCCGCCGCCAUAGCAGAAGCAAUCUAGAGAGUUCCCUAACGUGGAAACCUCAGGAACAGGUCACAACAGACAUGAUCACUGAAGAGGGCGGCAAGGGUCUGAGGCGUCCCCACUGUACUGUGGAGGAGGGUGUUCAAAAAGAGGAAAGAGAGAAGUACCGAAGGUUAUUGGAGCGACUUAAAGAAGGUGUUCAUGGAAACCCUGUCCCUCCUGUGAUGUCACCUCAUCACAGUUCUCAAAGAUGUCACAUGGAUACACUAAAGACCAAAGGCUGGGGGGAAGAUCAGACUUAUGGAGUCAGAACAACUCAGUUUGUUCCAAAACAAUAUAGAGUUGUUGAAACAAGGGGGCCUCUAUGUUCAAUAAGGAGUGAAAAGAGGUAUUCAAAGGGGAAAUAUUUGGAUACAGAGAAGACCGUUGGAAUCAGACUUGAAAAUGAAGGUUCAUUAAACAAGCCAAUAGAAUGUGGAAACUUUUUUGAUCAGAGGAGAGGACACCAGCUGGAACCUGACCUGUCUGAAGAAGUGUCAGCCCGACUCCGCCUGGGCAGUGGAAGCAAUGGCUUAUUCAGGAGGAAAAUGUCAAUACUUGAGACAAAAGAAAAAAAUUGCUCAGGCAAAGAGAGGGAUAAAAGAAUGGAUGAUCUUCUUGAACUUACAGAGGACAUGGAAAAGGAAAUCAGUAAUGCAUUAGGUCAUGGCCCACAGGAUGAGAUCCUCAGUAGUGCUUUCAAAUUGCGAAUCACUCGAGGAGACAUCCAGACCCUGAGGAACUAUCACUGGCUCAAUGAUGAAGUCAUUAAUUUUUACAUGAAUCUUCUGGUAGAAAGAAAUAGAAAACAAGGCUAUCCACUACUUCAUGCAUUCAGUACUUUCUUCUAUCCCAAAUUAAAGUCUGGAGGUUACCAAGCAGUGAAAAGAUGGACCAAAGGGGUCAAUCUCUUUGAACAGGAACUAAUCCUGGUGCCCAUUCAUCGGAAGGUACAUUGGAGCCUGGUGGUGAUAGACCUAAGAAAAAAGUGUCUUAAAUAUCUGGAUUCCAUGGGACAAAAGGGCAGCAGGAUCUGUGAGAUUCUCCUUCAGUAUUUACAGGAUGAAAGUAAGACCAAAAGAAAUAUUGAUCUGAAUCUUUCAGAGUGGACGGACUACAGCAUGAAGCCACAUGAGAUUCCUCAACAGUUGAAUGGGAGUGAUUGUGGAAUGUUUACUUGUAAAUAUGCAGAUUAUAUGUCUAGGGACAAACCUAUCACAUUUACUCAGGUACUGACAAGCAUGAAGGCCCUGCACCCUAGUGCCCUGACUUGGUAUGCGGAGGGCUGCCUGCAACCGUGUUUGAAAGGAUGUGCUUGCUCAGAGCCCUGGACUCUUCAACCCACAUAGGAACAAACGCUAAUUAAUACUUUAUUUUAAAGAUUUCCCCCCCUGUGAAUGUGUAAAAUGCAGAUUUAUUCUAUGAGUUGUUUUUUUCUGUGUUUGUUCACGUGUAUUCAUUCUCUGACUCAUUUGCAAAUGUAAUGGGCAGUGGCUGUUUCUGCUGCUCUUUUACAGUUAACUUGGAAUUACUUGUUUGAACUAUUUAUUUCUGAAAAGAAUGUUAAUCAAGCUUCCACUGCCUGCUGAAGAUGGGGCAGGAACUCAGUGGGGGGAGGAAGGAAGGAAGGAAGGAAGUGUUAAUUAACUUCUCUAGUGCUGGAGCAGUAACUGCCAACUUGGAGCUCAAGGUCUUUUUUUGAGGCUUGAAAAUGCCAGGAGAAGCGCCACAGUGUAGGGCUCUGAUUGCUUUUCAGAGGAAGCCUGAGACUCGGCAUUGGCACUGGGUCAUGGAAAAGCAGAACUGUGGCCAAGGCACUCUGGCUAUCCAGGCAUCUUCAGAAGAGUGCCAUGGUCAUCCUACAGAGACUUUCCUUUCUGGAAAUGAGGCAAUUGCUCUCGAAACUGGAUUCAAAAUAACCGUAAACCCUAAAUUUUCAUUUUCACCCCAGACCUGGUAGAAUAUAAACUUCAGAAUUGUAAGGGCUGGCCUGAGCUGUUUAUUUCAAAAGAUGCUAUUCAAUUUAAAGCUAUUUUUCCUCAAAGUUUUUUUUUUCUAUAUAGAAAGCUAAAAUUAAGUUUUGUACUCAUUAGGAUUUAAACUCCCCCACUCCAUCCCUACUGAAAUUUGUGGAAGAAAAUUUAGUACUUGGCUCUGAGGUUACCGGUUAUACGAUAAUCUAUUUUGCAUAUGAAAGUUUGUAUUUAACAUUUUUGUUCAUUAAAAACUUUACAGUGGUUAUGCAUUUUUAAUUUCAGAAAGUUUAGAGUUCGUCAGAACUUAUUUUGCAAGAUCUAGUGCCUAGUGUUGCUUUUCUGAUGUAAUAAAAGGUUGCCUGGCAGAA